AUGGCGGGUGUUCCAUACUCCUCGGCAGUCGGGAGUUUGAUGUACGCCAUGGUCUGUACUAGACCAGAUAUCGCUCAUGCGGUUGGAAUUGUUAGUAGGUGUCUUUCCAAUCCUGGGAAGGAUCAUUGGAAAGUUGUGAAGUGGAUCUUGAGGUACCUAAAAGGCAGUGCAAAUAAAUGCUUGACCUUUGAAAAAGGAAACCCAGUCUUGAAGAAAUCUGUUGCCUUGUCGACUACUGAACCAGAGUAUAUUCCAAUGGCAGAAGUAGGAAAAGAAAUGCUUUGGUUGAAGAGGUUUCUUAAACAAUUGGGAAUAAAGCAGGAAAGGUACGAUAUCCACUGUGAUAGUCAGAGCGCAUUGGAUUUAAGUAAAAUGCUAUGUAUCACUCUCGCACGAAGCACAUUGAUGUCAGAUAUCAUUGGCUAUGUCAAGUAG